UUCGCCACUUCUUCUCUGGAUUGACCAUUCCUGAUGGGGGCGUGCAUAUUGUAGGGGGUGAACUGGAUGGCCGCCUGCGUGUCCCGCCUGGAGCUGUCCGUGCCCUGCCAGAGCCUCCUCCACACAGACCUGGGCUCCAGGUCGGAUCCCUGCUGUGUCCUGCUGCGGGACGCGGGCGGUGGCCGCUGCGCUGAGCUAGAUUGCACGGAGAAGAUCAAGAACUGCCAAGACCCUGAAUUCUGCAAGAAACUGGUUGUGGACUAUUACUUUGAGAAAGUGCAGAAGCUGAAAUUCAGCAUGUAUGAUAUGGAUAACAAGUCUUUUGAUUUAAAUGAUGAUGACUACCUGGAAGGGAUCGAGUACACACUGCUACAGGUUGUGUCCAGCUCAAUGUUCACCCGACUACUGGAAUUGAAGCAGGAAAGGGCAGUAUUAUGAUUUCAGGAGAGGAGAUUAAAGAUACCAGAGUUGGAAUAACUGGAAAUCGAAGCCCAAAACUUGGACAAACAGGAUUUUUUAGGCAAAUCGGAUCYAUUUCUGGAGUUUUAUAAGCAGAGUGAUGCUGGAACAUGGCAGCUCAUCUACAGAUCAGAGGUAGUAUUUCCACACGAUGUUUUCCUUGUUGAUAAAGCAGCUUACUCUUACCAAAAGUGAGAGUUCCACUCCUCUCUGGGUCAUGCUAUGCACCAGUUUUGCAGAGAACGUUGUAUCCUAUAAAAAGACACUCUGUUCCCUAAGGCUACAGCAAAUUGUUUAUUUGCUACCUGGUGACUGGAUGGAGCCACCUGAGUGAGGAUUCUGACCAYGGACAGCAAGUGAGAAGAGGGACUCUCUCUUCCUUUUCACUGGCGUUGAGCUUGGCUGUAAAGKUUAACUUUACCCAGAGCAUUAAGUUUUUAUUUCUUGGAGGGCUGUUGCUUGGCCGUUGAUAGUGCCAGAGUUGAACUGCUUGAGGCUGCUCUUUGCUUGCUGUGCAGAGCCCUCGUGUCAUGAUUCCUAGUGAGUUGCAUGCAUUCAUCAUGUGCAUUAUGCUGUAAUUAUUUUAAGGUGGUCAAGAGCAACUUAAAUCCAUGCUGGAGGAAGUUCAGKGUACCCUUGUAAACGUUCUAUGGUGGAGAUUUUAAUAAACUAUCAAGUUACAGCCUUCAGAAAUUCUCUUUGUUGUUCCAAGUCAUCUGUUCUCUGUUGAUGCUAAGUCUGAGUUAUCUGGUUGUCUAGUCAUAUUUAAAUUAUUAGAUUGCCUUUCUAGAACUGUAGUGUAGCAGGUAAGUGUUUAUGCAUCUGUAUUAAAACAYUGAGUUGUCAAACUGAGAAGUCAGGAAAUGCAGAAGUGAUGUGAUUUCCAUGAUUAGUCGUAAGAAGAAUUAUAAUGGGUGUUUUUUUUCUCUAUUCUGGCCAGGGUUUCAGGUUGGGCUUUGGUGAUGGUGUCUUGGUUGGUUGUUUUGGGUUUUUUUCAUUAUGGCUUUUUAGCAUUGUUUCUAAGUUAACUGAGAAGCUUGCAGAUGUUGGACAAAGUUGAGUGCCUUGGGAUACUGACAGAGAGAGGAGACAUCUGUCAGAUUUAUCCCUUCAUGAGACUGGAAGCUUUUUCCAGCUCUUAUCUCAAAAUUUAGUUUUGAGUYAUAACUGCAUUUCCUUGUGGUCUUGUAUAUGAUAACUGAUUCUCUGUAGUCCUGGCUUGAGGAGGUGUAGCAGAACAACUACAUAUUUUAAUGUUUAUACAAAAGAAAAUUUGAUAGUAACUUAAUAUGUUAAUUUUUCUUCUAAGCAAUGCGUUGAUAAUUUAAAGGCAUUUAUAUCCAUAGAUAGGUCUGUGUGAAUAUAAUUUCUCUCUACUUACCUAACACCUAAAUACUUUACAUUAGCAGAAUUCUACUGYUUCACCCUAUCUCUGAAGAAAUUUCAUGCUGAAAGCUUGAURUGGAUGAUUUAGCAAAAAAGCAUGCAUGCUGAUGUUGUUCUUUGUGCCUUAUGGCAAGUCCUAAGAAUUAUUGAUAUUAUUAACCUGGAAAUAGGUGUUCAGGUGUUGUCUUGGUUUAAGACAGGUGUCUUCAAGGUGGGAACCUUCCUGUGGUGGAAAAU